AUGGCCCCUCUCAUCAGCAUCCUCAUCUUGUGGACGGUCAGUGUUGAGGCGAGAAAAAUGAAUCAAAACAUUCCAAUGAGGGAACCUCCUUCCAUGAAGCCACACUACCAACAACUGCACUUUACUGAAACUGGAAAACAGAUCAAACUCGAAUGUCCCAUCUCUGCAACUCAGCACAACAUUUUCAUCAUUUGGGAGAAACAAAUAACAUCAGAUCAUAAUAAAACACCGACUGACUACAACAACUUAUCACAUUUGGACAUAAGUUAUCAAAAAGUUGUACCAUCUCUUGUUAGAAAUGGAAGGUUGCGUAUUAAGAAGGCAAAGGUUGAAGACGCUGGUACAUACCGAUGUACGGCUAUUAACGGUUUCGGAUCCAACAUAGACUCCCAAUGGAGACUGAACAAAGUGGGACUGAUCCUUGCUUCCGGAAUUGUUUCAUUGGCCGGCCUGGUUGUCUUGGCAACGUACAUCAUCAACAAAUGUAAGAUGGAUGGAGGUCCGGUGUUUCAUAGAAGCGGUGGUAGUGAUUAUAUAUUACGCAGGUUUCUAUCAACGCCAGAUGAACAUGUGUUCAACCACAACAACAACAACAACAACAACCACAACUGCAACAAAACGACAACUCUGCACAGACCAACUAACGGUAGAAAUGUUUUCCCACUGCCAGCAAUCGACACCGUUGCCAGCCUGGAGCCGAAGAUGCAUAACAUAUUCAAAAGUUACAACAAUAACGGAUAUCGAGUAGUUACGGUUCAGCAAGCUUCAGCAGUUCCAAUCCAUCAUCACAUUCCUGCAAAACAUCCCAUCCUUAGAAAUCAUGGAUACUUCACAAAUUCUCCAGAGCAGUACAUUCCUGCUUACUACGACAUUUCACAGAACCACAUCAUCCCCAACAACCUGGCCAGCAACCUCAUAAACACAACAACAUCCCCUUCAAACUUCAACAACAGAACAAUGAUGGUCAACGUAUUGAGCAGAUUCGUGUCCAGUUUAAACAGCAAUGUAGUUAAUAUCGGCAGUAGAAGAAGCAGCGUUCAUAACGAUCGUGACGUUGAGUGUGGUCAGUCAGCGGUCAACAGAAUUUACAACAUUAAUCGCAUUUCUCGAAACAUCAACAACAACAACCACGUUAACAACAAUUGCAUCAAUAACAAUCACAUCAACAGCAACAACAACUAUAACAACAAACGCGUGAUCCAGGUCAACAAUAACAAUUAUACCAAAGGCAACUCUUUUAACAAACGUAUCAACGAUAACAUCAUCUGUGAUAGAAAUAACACCAUUGGAGUUCAUCGUCCUAGCUUUGCAAAAUUUCACUGGAUGGUCAAUAACAAAAAUGAUCUCAUUUCAACAACUUCCUUGAACUCAGCUAGAGCAACCAUAAGCAUCUCGCCUUAG